GCUCCAAACUUGCUGUCAGUAUCACAACUAUCAUCGCUGCCGAGAACCAAGGCAUUGGGAUCAGUCGACCAGUGAUUCCUGAUGAUAGAUGGGAGAUUAGGGCAUUUGGAUUGGAUGGCCAGCCUCGUCUCGGCCCCGAGCGUCGUUCACACCAUCGAUCGAAAGGGCCUCAGAGGCAAGGCGGGGGCGGAUUAUGUGGUGAUUGGGAGUGGGAUUGGCGGCUUGAGCUGUGGCGGCCUGCUUGCCAGGUAUGGCGAAGACGUCGUAGUCCUGGAGAGCCAUACCCUUGCUGGAGGAGCCGCGCAUUCCUUCCAAGUCGGAGGCUAUCGUUUCGAUUCCGGGCCUUCGCUCUUCUCGGGUCUCUCGUCCAAGGGUCCUCAAGCCAAUCCCCUUGCUCAGGUACUGGAUGCCUUGGGUGAGCGUGUCGAGUGCGCAAAGUAUGAUUCAUGGAUGGUUCAUCUUCCGCAAGGCAGCUUCUUGUCCGAGAUUGGUCCAUCCCAUUUUCCACAGGUACUAAGUAUUUGCACAAGCUUGUUAGUAUCUGUGUACCAGGUGUUGGAAAAGUAUGGUGGCUCGAAUGCUGUAGCAGAAUGGAAGAGACUUCAAGAAACUGUGCUGGGACUCUCUGAAGCUGCCAUGGCCCUGCCACCAGCAGCUCUUCGAGGUGACUGGGGCGCUCUUUUCACCGUUCUGGGACGUUAUUCCCCACAGCUCAUCUCAUCCUUCAUGCGAAUGGGAUUCAAAGGAGCUUUGAAUGCGUCGAGGCUUCUGGGACCUUUUUCGGAGAUUCUUGACGCACUGGAGAUUAAGGAUCCUUUCCUUCGCAACUGGCUGGAUUUGCUGCCUUUCCUUCUUUCGGGCCUUAAGGCUGAUGGCACACUUGCCGCCGAAGUGGUCUACAUGUUUUCCGAAUGGUAUAAGCCUGGAUGCAUGCUGGAGUAUCCUCAUGGAGGGACUGAGGCAAUUAUCGACGCUCUUGUACGCGGCCUCGAGAAACACAACGGACAGCUUUCCUUGGGGUGUCACGUUGAGCAAAUUCUGGUUGAAAAUGGCCGUGCAAAGGGGGUAAAGCUGAGAAAUGGCCAGGUUGUUGUUGCACGCAAAGCGGUCAUAAGCAAUGCGUCAAUAUGGAAUACGGUGGCGUUGCUCCCUCCAAAGGAGGUUCCACAAGAAUAUCAAAAGCGUGCAACUGAAACUCCACAGUGCGAUUCCUUUAUGCACUUGCAUCUCGGCGUGGAAGCAAAGGACCUACCUGCUGAUCUUGGAAUCCAUCAUAUAGUGGUUGAUAGCUGGGAGCAAGGGGUGGACGCACCACAAAAUGUUGUUCUGAUUUCCAUGCCAAGUGCUCUCAGUCCCAAUCUCGCACCCCCUGGAAAGCACGUCCUGCACGCAUACACGCCAGGAACGGAGCCUUAUCACCUCUGGAAAGGCCUUGAUCGCCAGUCUGCUGCAUACAAACAGCUCAAAGAAGAACGGUCUCAGGUCAUGUGGAAAGCUGUGCAGCGAGCGCUCGGGACCGGAUUCUCAGCAGACAGCUGCGAUGUGAAGCUCGUCGGGACACCAUUGACACACGAGCGUUUCUUACGCAGGCAUCGUGGUACUUAUGGACCUGCUAUCCGAGCAGGCAAGGACACGUUCCCUGGUCCCGAGACUCCAAUCAAGAAUCUUUUUUGCUGCGGAGACUCGGUGUUUCCAGGAAUCGGAGUUCCUGCUGUAGCUGCCAGUGGCAUGCUCACUGCAAACUCUCUGGUAUCUGUAGAUAAGCACACACAGCUCCUGGAUGCUAUUGGUCUGUGAAAUCUAUCACGAAAACAAGAUGAUACUGCGUCUACAAA